GUCUGGAUGACAACCUCAUCAAGGAAGUGUGGAAAGGCUGGUCCAGACCCCCGGAUCUCACACACAAAGCCCCACAUCUGAUCCUUACCUUGCGGCCCCCAAGCCAGCUGGACCUUGCCCCAAAGGGCCGGCAUCGCCGGGCAGCUAACACCCCCAGCUGCCCCAGGAAUCCGGAUAAAGACUGCUGCCUUCACCCACUAUAUAUAGAUUUUCGGAAAGAUCUGAAGUGGAAAUGGAUCCACCAGCCCAAAGGAUACAAAGCGAAUUUCUGUGCUGGCAGCUGCCAAUAUAGUCUAACUACCAACAUGCAUCAUAACAUGGUGCUUCCCCUGUACAGCAAACUGAACCCCGAAGGCUCGGCCGCUCCUUGUUGCGUCGCCCGCAAACUGGAACCUUUGACCAUCCUUUAUUACGUCGGCCGCCAGCCCAAAGUCCAGCAGCUGAGCAACAUGAUUGUGAAAUCCUGCCGUUGCCGUUAA